AUGCAAUUCUCCGUCCUCUCUGUCAUCUCCCUCGUCGGUGCUGGCAUGGUCUCCGCCAUGCCCCAGGCUGGUGGUUUAAUGCAGCGCUCCGAGUGUAUCAAGCCUAUCCUCUGUUGUGGCACCCUCACCACCCCUCUUGACCAGACUGUCGACCCCAUCCUUGAGGAGCUUGGUGUCAAUGCCGCCGAGAUUGUCGGAUCUAUUGGUCUCGCAUGCCACGCCUACGAGGCUGCUAAGUGUGACACCCCUCCCCAGUGCUGCAGUGAGGCCAACCUCUUGGGUGGCACUGUCGCUCUCGGAUGUGCUGAUCUCGAGUAA